CUCUUACUUAAAGAUAUGUAAAUGAUGAUUUUAACAUCACUUAUAUUGGAGUAAAAGAAUAACAAAGAAAUACGGUAACAUACAUAGGCACUAAAAUGUCGUCUCAAAAUAUGCAAGAUACUUGCAAUAGUCAAGGUAAUUAUGAAAUAGUUGUAAAACAAGAAAAUUUAGAUGAACAUGUACAAAUAAAAUGUGAAGCUAUCGAUGAAGAUGAAAUGGGAAGUUAUGAAAAUGUACAAAUUAAAGAAGAAUUUGAACCACCCAAUGAGAAUCAAACACAAGAAAUUAACUGUGAAAUGCCUAUAGAUAAAGAAACUAUAGAUAGAUUUUCAACAGAAAAUUGCAGUAAAGUAAACGAAAUAACCAAUAUUUAUGAUGAUAAUAUAGAAAUUAAAUAUGAAAAUGAUAUAGUAAAUGAUCAGAAUGAUUGUGACGAAGACAGUAGUGACAGUAAAAGUGCUGAAGCAUUACAUAAUGUUGAGGCAUGUCUACAAGAUGAAAUUAAAGUUAAAUUGGAGAAUGAAACACAUGAGGAAAACAUUCAGGGAAAUGAAGAACCGGAGGAUGUGGUUGUAAAAAAUGAAAUAGAAUCAAUGGAUACAGAAACUAAUUUAAUAUCAAAUGAAUUGAUUAAUACAAAUAAUCAACAUGUUGGUAUUACAGUAGCACAACCAGCUAACACAUUGUUUAUGGAAAUAUUGCCUAUGAAUGUACACGCGGGAGUUCCCCUCGGUAAAGUUGUCAAUACUGAAGAGAUACUGUCAACACCCUAUGAUGCAAUGGACUGCGGAGAUUCAUUCCUAUUAAACUCCAUAACCAGUAAUAUGAUGACAUUAGAGCAAGAAGCUUACGGACUUUUAGAAGCCAAAAAAAUAGGCAUGUCCUACAACUGUGCAUUAUGUCCAAAAAGUUACAAACAUCCUUCAUAUCUGAAGAAACACCAAAAAUGUCACAUGACUAUAGAAAAACGUGAAUUAUAUAAAGCAAAAAGGUUAAAAAUGAGAAAAGAGAAGGCAAAGAAGGAAAAAAAAGUGAUAAAUGUGGUAAAAGUAGAACCCCAAAUUGAUGUUAGUAAAGGAGGUUAUGUAUGCACUUGUGGUAAAAUUUUCCAACGCAAGACUCGAUUGGAGGCUUGUUUACGUUCACAUGAUGCAACCAAGGACCAGAAUUAUUUAUCCUGUGGUACAUGCUACAAACAGUUCCAAAAUAAAGAGGAAUUACUUCAGCACAGGAAACAAGUGCACAGAAAGGUGAUGUUUCCGUGCAAAUUUUGUCCCACAGAUUACAAAAAUCGGAAAGAACUAUUCAAACAUUUACAAUUACAUCAGAAAGUUCAAGUGAUGGAGUACAAAAUGUUAUCCGAAGUAGUUAAAGGGAAGCAAAAGUUGAAAUGUUUUAUGUGUGCGAAAACUUGUCCUGAAUUAUCGGAAUUAAAGACUCACGUUAUGUAUGAUCACAAGGAACCAUACGCGUGUCCGCAUUGCAACGGGACAUUUACUAAAAUAAUAGAUUUUGGUAAUCAUAUGAAAACUGAACAUCCCGAAGUUGAAGGGCAAUCUGUGUUGGAUGUUUUAGAAGCGUUUUCUAAAUUAAUUAAAGCAUGGAAAUGUGAAGAUUGUGAUGUACAGUUCCUCGAAGCGGAUAAACUUGCGUUACAUAAGAUAGAAAAACAUAGCGUGGAUUUGAAAGUGGUGCCUCAAUUCCAGUGUAUAGAUUGCCGAAGAGUUUACAUAACUCUUAAAGGUUUGAUGUCUCAUAGACGUAUCCAUCACAUCACAGAUCAUAUGGAAGAUUCUGGAAUGCACGAAAAAGGCGUCCUGUGUAUAGAAUGUAGAAAGGUUUGCAGAGAUACGGAAGCAUUAACUUCUCAUAUGCGUCUUCAUUCACCGGACAGAAAGUAUAAAUGUAAAUUUUGCGAUUUUCGAUUCGCAACGAUCCAAAAGAGGAAAGCCCAUGCAGGAUUGCAUACUGGAGAUAUGAAGUAUGUUUGUUUCAUUUGUGAGUACCAGUGUAGCUCGUUAAAUAGAUUGAAUCAGCAUAAAAGGUCUGCGAAACAUUUAAGUAUGAAAGAUUUCUUAUCUACUGGAAAAGUCCUAGGAGUUGAGCAAUCGACUUCUAAAAGUGAUGAUAAUCCUGAAAAACAGGAAUGGAUGGUGGUGAAAGGUGAUGGAAAUGAUGGUAGUGGUGAUGAAAGUACAAAUACGGGUGGUGAAGUAACUUGUGAUAUUUGUGGUCUAAUUUUCAACUCGAUGUCCAAAAUGUUGGAACACCAAAAGUCACAUCCAUUUAUUGAAAUACCCAAUGAUGAUAAACCGACAAGGAUAUUUUUUAAAUAACUUCCGAUCACUAAAAGAGAUAGAUUUACUAAUGGCAAAAAUUGCCUAAAAAUAGAUAAGUAAAUUGUUGAUUAUUGUGAAUUUUAAAUCAUAAGAUUAUGUCACUGUUUCUUUAACUUUUAGAGCAAAUUGGAAAAGUCUGUAUUUUAGUCUAAAGAAGAAAGAAAUUUGUUGUUUAUUCAAAAUAAGAGAAGAAAUUCAUAGUCUAGUUAUAACUCACGCUUUUUUUUAAAUAAUUAUAAAAGUUGAAAAUAACUGUUUUUAUGUGUGAUAGCACUUAAUUUUUACGUCUACCCACUUAUUAGUAUAGAUUUAAUAGUUUGAAAUCCAACUGAAAUAUCAGUUUUAAAUUUUGUGAUAAAUAGGGGUAUAUUCUUUAAAAAAAUAAGUAAUAGGUGUUUAUCAGUAUUUAUGUCUCAUAAUAAGUUAUUCUGAAAAAUUGCUGAUAAAUAGAUAGAAAAAAGCCAUAGAUUAUUUAUAAUAAACUCUAUUAAAAAUAAUUUUUAAACAUGACAAUAAAUGAUUUUCGUAAGUUUUAUUUACUUUGUUCUCAUGCGCUUCCCAAAACGGGAUAACAGUCCUAAAGUCCAAUUACUAGACUUGUUCAAGAAAAAUGACCACUGUAAACAUUAUUUUGGACUCACGAGCAAAUUUUUUGUCGAAAAUAUGAUUUUUACAAUUAUUUCAUAAUCUUAAAACUGUGAAAUCCCGCAACAUACUUCUGUCUUCUACCGCCACAUUACUUGUGAUCCGUCUGCUAAGAAUAAUUUUGUAUUAUGUUUUAUUUAGUUCAUAAGAGUUGGCAUUUGUAAAUAAGGUUUUAAAUAUCUGUAUAUAGAAAAAAGGAUGUCUUCAUUUUAACCCUUAUUGAAAUAUAAGUGUAAACGAAUUCAAAUGUGAUCGAAUAAUUUUUCAACACAUUGUAAGCCCAGUUUUUUUGAGUUCCUUGAGUAAAAAUGUAUUAAAAACUGCAGAAUUAUAUAGAUAAAUAUGUUAG